CGCAAUACGGCCAAAACAUCGCCCUCAUCGAAUGCGACUGUGAUUUAAACGUAUCACUGCCAUCUCCUGCGCCAUGGACCUGCUCGGUACCAUCCGCAAGUCCGGGUCCCGCGGCGGCGUCAACUUCAGCUGGGACGAAGUCGCCAGCUCGUCGCACCGCGAAAACUACCUCGGCCACAGCCUCAAGGCGCCCGUCGGGCGAUGGCAAAAGGGCAAGGACCUCAACUGGUACGCCAAGGCAGACGAAGACGCCGCCACCGCGGCCGCCGACGGCGACGAGACGACCGAGGAGCGCCUCGAACGCGAGCGCAGGGAAGAGCUGCGCAAGAUCAAGGAGGCCGAGGAGGACGCCAUCGCGCGCACACUGGGCCUGCCGCCGCCGCAUAGGAACACCACGGGCGCCAACGCCACCGAGGUCGGCACGCAGAGGGCCAUCGGGCCGGCGAGCGGACCGCCUGCGGGUUUGGUUGCGGCGGAGCCUGCUACCAGACGGGAGCGGUCCCGGCGGGACAGCGAUACGGAGAGGCGAGAGCGGCGACGACACCGGAGCCGCAGCCGCAGCCGCGAGAGGAGGCAUCGACGGCGCAGCAGGGAUCGCGAUGACGACCGGGUGAGAAACCGCAGCCGCGAUAGGCACGACAGGGGCAAUGGCGACGAGCGCAGCCGUAGCCGGGACGAGGACCGGAGGGGGAGGCGACAUAGAGAUGGGGGACGGGAGCGGAGUAGGGAGCGGCGGCGUUCGACGUCGAGGGAGCACCGGAAACGUAGCAGGAGUCCGGCUCGUCGUGGGAGAGACGAGCGAUGAGCCAAACUGGCGGCCGUAAUAGUUACACAUGAGCGGCAAGGGCUCGCUGCAUCAUGACGAAGAGAUACCCAACGCGGCUGCGCAUAGUGUCUCCAGGGGUGGCGGCGCAUCCAGUACUUGAUACGCCUGCUAUAUUAUCGUUCAGAAAGUCACCCUAAUUUCCUCAGAUGGUGAC